CCAUCUGAGGUCUAAAUUUGGAACACAAUUGAAAUACAGAAAUCCUGUCAAGACGAUAACGAAGAAUAAUAUUGACCCCCCCGCUUCAUUAGGCCUAUUUCAUGCAAGUGUUGUGAGUCUGGCAUCUCAGCCUCAUUGUGACAUAACUGUGCCUAGAUGUGCCAAUGUACACGCAUCUCAAAUUCAGAAAUAACAACAAUCAGGCAAUAAAUAAACUCAAUAUUAGUCCGUAGAGAUGGUUCAGUCUGUGAGCUGAGUGUUAUAAAUAGUUGGGAGGGAGAAGAUUACAUGUUGGCCUGCUUGAAACUAAAAGUUAAACCUUUGUUGUAUCAGAGAAAUGUGUGAUAUUCAAUGGAUUAUCUGCAUUUACAGUCAAUGAUAGUGCUGUCUACUCAUAUUGGAGAAAACAAACGUGGCUACAACACGACCUGAAGAAAAAAAAAAAAAACAACCUAAGAGAUCAUCAUAACCUGCAUCAUUUACUUUGCAGACCUGUGAUAAAUACAAUGACUUCACAUAGCACAGAGAUUAAUGUCAGCCAAAAACAAGCCUGGCUUAAGUCUUGCGCAAACAGAAAGGUGUCUGAACGGAGUUUAGGUGGGUUUACCCUCCACUACAUCUCUGCUAAUGUCCAUGUGGGAAGCAACAUAGAACACAUACCACAAGACAAACAUACUCACCAGAAAAAUUGGGGCUUGAGAAAGUUCCCAAGCGGAUUGGUCCAUGUCUGUGUCGACGCCGAUGACGUCGCGCUGUGAAACACGUGGGCCACGGUAUCCAGAGCUCACAUAAACAAAGCCACAUUGGCCAGACUGGGUAGUCGAAGCUUGUGUCGCUAUCAGUGCGCGGGAGUCACACGGUUUGCCUGCUUGGCGUUGUUGGGUACCGACGCUCAUGAUUUGGAGCUUUUACCGAAAUUGAUGAAUACCCCUUACAUGCUUAUCGCAUGGAUUGAAAACCACGAUCCUGAUGUGAAAGAGGUAAGAUUCACUCAUCUCCGUCUGCGCUUUACUUGCGCCGCCUCCUCCGAGACAUUUAAAUCUUUUUUUUUUCUUCCUCCACUGUUUAAACUGAAAUUACACAGAAGUGAGUCUGGCUGAGCCUGUUCAUGUCCGUGUGUGUGACUCAUAUUUUCACGAGGAUUUUCAACUUUCUGCUUCCUAGACAAGUUGUCACUGAUGUCAAACGCGCGAAGUUGGGGAAGAUCCAGAACAGAGCCGCCUUCUUGAACCCGAACGCCCAAACGACUCCUGACGUUUCUCAUUUCAAGUGUCACCGAAAAACUGUCAGAAGACUUGAGCCAUGCCCUGCGUUCAGGCUCAGUAUGGAUCAUCACCCCAAGGAGCCAGUCCUGCCUCCCAGAGCUACAGCUACCACACCGCAGGAGAAUACAGCUGCGACUUCUUAACACCCGAGUUUGUUAAGUUUAGCAUGGACUUGACCAACACUGAGAUCACAGCCACCACUUCUCUCCCAAGUUUCAGUACAUUCAUGGACAACUAUAGCACCGGUUACGACGUUAAACCGCCCUGUCUGUAUCAGAUGCCCCACUCUGGAGAGCAGUCCUCUAUCAAGGUGGAGGACGUCCAGAUGCACAACUACCACCAGCAGAGCCACCUGCCACCUCAGUCAGAAGAAAUGAUGGCUCACUCUGGGCCCACUAUGUACUUCAAACCCUCCUCUCCUCAUGCCCCGAGUACACCAAACUUCCAGGUUCAACCUAAUCACAUGUGGGAGGACCCUGGCUCCCUCCACAGUUUUCACCAGAACUAUGUUGCGGCAACGUCUCAUAUGAUGGACCAGCGCAAGAAUCCGGUGUCCAGGCUUUCGCUCUUCUCCUUCAAGCAGUCCCCGCCCGGUACUCCUGUUUCCAGCUGUCAGAUGCGGUUCGACGGGCCGCUGCACGUCUCCAUGAGCCACGAUAACCCGGGCGCGCACCGCGGCCUGGACGGCCAGAGCUUCGCGGUUCCCAGCGCCAUAAGGAAACAGGCUGGUCUGGCCUUUCCUCACUCCCUGCAGCUCGGCCACGGGCACCAGCUGGUGGACAGCCAAGUGCCAUCGCCCCCGUCCAGAGGAUCUCCGUCAAACGAGGGUCUGUGUGCGGUAUGUGGGGACAACGCAGCCUGCCAGCAUUAUGGAGUGAGAACCUGCGAGGGCUGCAAAGGAUUUUUCAAGCGCACCGUCCAGAAAAAUGCAAAAUACGUGUGUUUAGCAAAUAAAAACUGUCCUGUUGACAAACGCCGGAGAAAUCGUUGCCAGUUCUGCCGUUUCCAGAAGUGCCUUGUCGUCGGAAUGGUGAGAGAAGUUGUCCGAACGGAUAAUUUGAAAGGUCGAAGAGGACGCCUGCCAUCCAAACCUAAAAGCCCCCAAGAGCCCUCCCCUCCGUCGCCACCGGUGAGCCUCAUAAGCGCGCUUGUUAGGGCCCAUGUGGACUCCAACCCCUCCAUGUCAGCUUUGGACUACUCCAGGUUCCAGGCUAACCCUGACUACCAAAUGACUGGAGACAACACUCAGCACAUUCAGCAGUUCUAUGAUCUCCUGACGGGCUCCAUGGAGAUCAUCCGGGGCUGGGCGGAGAAGAUCCCUGGCUUUUCUGAUCUACCGAAGCAAGAUCAGGAUCUCCUCUUCGAAUCAGCCUUCCUUGAACUUUUUGUCCUGCGGCUGGCGUACAGGUCCAACCCGGUGGAAGGCAAACUUAUUUUUUGUAAUGGAGUGGUGUUACACAGGCUACAGUGCGUCCGUGGAUUUGGAGAGUGGGUGGACUCGAUCGUGGAGUUUUCUUCCAACUUGCAGAGCAUGAACAUAGACAUCUCAGCUUUCUCCUGCAUCGCAGCGCUGGCCAUGGUAACAGAGCGACACGGGCUUAAGGAACCCAAGAGAGUCGAGGAUCUUCAAAACAAGAUAGUCAACUGCCUCAAAGAUCAAGUGACGUUCAAUGGCGGUGGAUUGAAUCGUCCAAACUACUUGUCAAAACUCUUGGGAAAGCUCCCUGAACUCCGCACACUAUGUACCCAAGGUCUGCAGCGUAUCUUUUACUUAAAACUAGAAGAUCUAGUCCCUCCGCCAGCAAUAAUUGACAAACUUUUCCUCGACACCCUACCUUUCUGAGUCUGACUCGAUGGCGAGACCUCAAAGAACUUUCAAAAGACUGCUUGGGUCAGACUUGAGAGAUUUUUAACAUUAUUAUUUCUGAAUAUUUGCAAGCUCCGUAGGCUAAUAGAACAACCGUACCAUAUUAUGAGUAAGGAUUCAUCCAAGAAAAAAAAAAGAAAAAGAAAAAAAAGACUAACAGGAGGAAGAGACAGAGAGUUUGAUUGCUGUGUAGGCCUUUUAAUCCCUUGAAAAUGUUUUUUUUUUUUUUUUGUGCCAAACGAGUGAAUCAUGACGGGGAAUUUCUCUCCAGUGGACAAAUUGUCAACAAAGUUAAUCCGGUCUUGCAAUUCCUGUUUAUUUAACAUCGGCUCUACUGAUUCAGCAUACUCAGAUGUAAUAUAUUCCAUUUAUAUAUAUGGACACACGCGCACACACACUGUAUAUUAUGAUAGAUUAUGUGAUGCCUCCAAUGCAUCGGUUUAUAACAUGUGUACAAAGUUUGUUAUAAUGAAAAGAUUUAAUUUUUUUUUGUUUUUUUUUCUUUUCUGACUCGUGCCUAUGUGUUUCUGACAGGAUCCCACAAGUAUCCAGAAAAGACAACGCAUGUUCCAGGUUGUUUUUUUUGUUUGUUUGUUUUUGGUUUCCCUUUUUUGUUUUCUUUUAUAGGCACUUGCUGAGGUGAUGUCUAUAUAUAAUAUAUACCGGACACUAUGUAGUCUGCUAGAUUUGAUACAGAUUCGUAGUUAUGGCACUCCUUUUGACGCAUAUGUGGAAAAAUAUCUCAUCUGUAUAGAAAAUGAGGGACCCAUGGUGUUUGUAAAACUGUCAGACAUUCCUUGUUUGUAUGUGCUGUAAGUAUUGUUGCUGUUGAAUAUAAACGUUUCUAUAUAUUUAUUAUUUCUAUUGCCAAGAGCUACACUAAGCAUGGUGCAAUUUAAACGAUUUCAAACCAUCCAAGUUCAUGCUGAGCACGUUGUCUAUGUUUCAUGUCUUAUAAACGUCUAGGUAGCUAUAUGAUUUGACACGGUUGGAAAUGGAAAAAAGAAAACAACAACUCCAUCUUAUAUCAGAGGUUCAUGAGUGUGUGAUAGGCCCACAUCUUUGACAUCAUGAUGUACGUACAACUUCUGUAACGCGUUUGGUGCCGCAAUUAAAAAAAAAAAAAAAACUUUAGAGAGAAAGAAAUAUUUAAUGUUUACAAAUAAAACUUUUAAAUCAAAUUCUUUGCUAAAUAGUUUCUCUGAAAUUAAUUCAUUCUUCAAAUUCUGAGCCAAAUAAGAUAUUUUACAACAGGAAAGAGAAUUUUAUUUCAAACUUGAAACUUGAGAGAUGUGAUCAGCGCUUACAGGCCUGUUUAAAACAAAUAUUUUAAGCAUAAUAAUUAUAGUUUUUCUUUUACUUCACCUAAAUAUGAGAUUAUGUUUUUAAAAAGGAUGGAUGUAUGAGAUGGGCCUUCUCAUUUUAUUUUAAGUUUUCAAUUCUCUAUUUUGUUUAGACAAAAAAUGUUUCUUUCUAAAUGCACAUAUUAAUUAUUACAAUUUCAUCCGUUUAAUUUACGCCUGUAUUAAGCAAACCUUUCAGUCAAAAUUACAUUUUAACUCACAUCUAAUUUUAGGAAAACCUUAAGUUUUCUCCUGCAUGCUUGUCUAUAUUUCUAAUAUUUGAGGAAUGUAAAAGAAGACUCUUUAAUUAACCCAUCACAGUCUAUUAAAAGCCAUUUUCAUCUUAUUUGACAAAGGAAUUAAAUCAUGAGUCGCUGCUCUUCGUUUGGAUCCAACAUAAAGUAGAAAUUUAAAAAACCAUUUGAAAGAAGGAUUCAGUCUAUUUCACUGAAUGCUCUUUGCUGCCGUGAAAGUUGAUGCAAAUUAAAGUUUAUAGUCGCCUUUCUGAACAGACUUAACUUGUUGCAAAGGAUGAAAAUAUGAUGCCCACUUUUAUAUCAGCCCCGUUUGUUCAAGAAAUCAUUUCUACGCUACUUUAAAUCUCAUUUGGCUUCAUUUUAUUAUCUUAUCUUACUGCCGACAUGUCAGACAAGAAACAAACUAUCUUAAAGUCAGUUUUCCGAUCAUAAAAGGCCGACUAUCUGCAACCUGCUGACACAGAGAAGAACAAAACACAUUGAGUGUGCAGGUGAAUGUGAAACCUGGCCGCGUCACAGCGCAGCUCCUGU